AUGGCAGAAAAGGCCUUUGCCAUGUAUGAAAUCCUAGAACGAGUCCUCAUCUAUACAGACAGGCGCACGCUACUAUUAUCCCAGCGUAUACGAAACCCCUUUAUCGAGGACCUUGUUUGGCCUUGGUUAAUGAACAAACAAUUCGACAAGGAGAAAAAAGAAUGCUAUGACCAUUGGAAUUCCGAGGACGAGGAUGAUGAUAAUUCUGAAUAUGAUAACCGCUAUACUCGGCCAGAGACCAGCUGGAAACAGAUGCUAUUCCAGCAACCCCCAACAUCCCAUGUCGGCGUCAUCUACUACGAACAUUGGUGGGCAGAACCCCCGCUAUACACACGCAUGCGGUUCUUGAAACCUGAUAAUGACACCCUUCGGUUGAAGGAUAUUGCUCCGGCAUUGGAUGAUGGUUCCAUGGUGUCUGACCACGCACCUUGUGUUCUCUGGUUCCAACCGCCCCAUGCUGCAUGCCGUGAUAAUGUGCGAGGAAUAUUAUGCAGGGAACAUUCCAACGCCGGCGCUUUUGAGGGACUGUGA